ACCAACAAGAUACAUUGGUUUUCAGAAUUUGUUUUCACAAAAUUUCUGAUUCGUCAAAUCGUUUGGCAAUGUCAACCCAUGCCAGAGAAGCUCUAGCGGAAUUAUUGACGCAGCAGCAUCAUACAAACGGAAAAAAUAACACUCAAUCAUUUGAUGUCAACUCCGGUUUUCAAAGGGAUAAUAGCACCGAGUGAUGGAGAUGAACCUCAGUCGAUGACGAAAAGUACUUUUGAGAGUUUGGGGAUUGUCAUGGACAAUGGAAAACCCAGGUUCCGGCUCAAUGAACCUGUGUUUUCAACUGGGGCAUGCUCUAUGAGGAGUCGGCAUUUCAACCAGGACGAAGACGAGGAGACUUCAUUCGUCGUCCUGGGGAAGAGUUCAAUGGAUUUCAUCAAUGCUGCUUCACUGGCUGAUUAUGAACAAAUCAAGGAACAGAGCUUGGCUGUGGAUACUUCGAUAGUUUCCACUCUGAGCCCUGAAGAAAUCGAGAAGAAAGUUGUGGAAUUACUCCAGGAGAAUCAAAAAUUAAAGGACACUCUCUCCCAAAACAAUAACACUAUGAAACAUCAUUUCAACACUUUGGCGAUUUACCAACAGGAGUUAAAAAAAGUUCACGAGAAUCAUAAGCAGAAAUUCGCUGAAACACGUGACAUGAUUACUCUUCUGAAAAACGAAAAUACGGAGUUGAAGACGAAAUUGACUAUGGAGACGUCAAUGAUAAGUUCAAAAUUUUCGGGAGAAAUGGUCGGUGAAUCUAUGAGUGCUAACCGCCAAAAAAACAUCGAGUACCCCUCCUUGCUGGCUGAAAAAAGUCCCUCAUCCACAAUUGUCAGUGAUGACUCCCAAGCCUCCACAAAAUCUUCAGUGACGCAGGACGUUCAGAGUCUCCCCAAUGAAGAGUCAUCUCUCACGAGAAUUAUCCUUAAGAAAUCCCUGGAGAAUCACAACACGCAGUACCAGCAGGAAAUAAUCCAUUCUUUGAAGGAGCAAAUAAGACUUCUCAGUGAGAACUCGUUCACUCCUCUGCAGCUCAAUGUUGAUUCUGAAAAGUCAGAGGAGAAAUAUCGCAAACAAUUUCUGGAUAAUUUCACCCACUAUAAUGAGAAACUGGCAACCCUCGCUCGGUGCUAUACAGAGCAGAUGAGUCGAUUUACAGAAAUUCAGGAGUGUUUGAAAGGCUGCAUUGAGACACUGGACUAUUACGAGAAUUUCGAGCCCACGGAUCUCACCUUAGACACAAGACUGAAUCACAAACAGCUGUUGGAUGAAGCCAGAGAUCAAUUGAUUAAAGAACAGCUGAAGAAUAUCAAUGAGAGGCAGAACUUGAUAAAGGCACAGAAACUGUUUGAGAGCAUUUUUUCAGAUUACAACGCGGCCCUUCACGAACUGGAAAUCCUUCGAGAAGAAAAUUCGAAGCCGGUGGAGCGAAAGGCCUCACACGAGCCGGGUAAACUCGAUGUCCUUAGGGAGAGAAAGAGCUUGGAGGAGGCGAGGGAGGCCUUUGAACUCGAAAGAAAAAGUUUUCUCGCUGAGAAAAUGCUGUUCGAGCUAGAGAGGGAGUCACUCAAUGGAGAGAAGGCUUCCCUCGAUUCUCAAAGUAUGCUGUAUGAGGCACAAAUGAAGAGUCUGCGAGAUGAUAAUAAAGUCCUCGAAAAGCGACAUGAUGAUCUACUCACCGAGAUAACGAGUCUAAGAAUGGAGACGGAGAAAAAAGAUAUUGAGAUGCAGAGACUCAGGGCUCUUGCUAAGAAUCAUAACGAUGAUAUAGAUCACCUCCGUGCACAAAUCGAAGCGUAUAAAUUAGACUUCGAGGAGGAGAAAAUAUCGCGACAAGAUUUAUUGAGUCAACGAGAAGAAUUAUCAGGUCAGCUGGGAAAAAUGCGAGAAUAUAAUCAGCAAUUACUGCAACGUCUAAAUGGUCCCAAUCCUGCCACACUAGGAACCACUGGUGAACAGCACAAUAUGUCUCCUGAUGGCUUUCUCAUCGACGCAUUCUGCGAGACUUGUGGCUUAGGUAAAAUGCCGGGGCAGUGGCAUGGCCCAGGUUUGUGUCAGCCUCGUGAUUAAUUCGUGUGAUUGCAGUGGAAGAAAUUAUGAAAUCUUGUGAUGUAUCUAUAUUUUUGUCAAGCAUUAAAGGUUUAUUUUAUUAGAAAAUCAACUAUAUAUGUAGUUUCAACCGUGUUUGAUAGCUUCAAACAUGAUUGUUGUAAAAACAGGCAAAUAAAAAUAACCUUUGUUCCUCUA